AUGAAAUUAUUAAACAGAAUAUCAUACAUCAUAUGUUUAGUUUUACCAGAAGAUUCAGAUAUGAUUGAAUAUACUUCUAUUCGAAUAUUUCCAUUUAAUCGAUACAAGUAUAAAGAAUUAUCAGAAACAGCCCAACGAAAAUUUGAUAAUCAAUCAAUAAUUCGUCCAGCUGAAUUAUCAUCAUUAAAUGGACGUAUUUUAAUACCAUCACCAAAUGAGCCAAGCUUUCCUCAAAAUAAUGUUGAAAUAGGAACAACUUGGAUAAUACCAAUUUUAAAUUUAUUAGGAGAAAUUCAACAUAAAAUUAUUCCUAUUGAUGAAAAUCAAAUAGUUUCUAUUCAAUUUUAA